GUCAGUGUGAACAGGGACACAAGAACAGACUACAUCAGCUACAGAACAAGAGAUCCAGAACCUGAAUCUAGAACCAUCAGGUCUGAGCUCCUCCUUCUUCAGUCUGCUGAUCUGUCAACAUGCUCCAAUUCAGGAUGACUCCCUGUCUGUUGUCCCUCCUCUUCGUCGUCCCUUUGCUGUCCUCCAUCAUGGCUGCUGCCGAACAUGCUGGCUGCAAAAUCCGCAUCACUGACAAAGGACUGGAUAUGUUGAAGUAUGAGACUCAGAAGUUUGUGGAAGAGGAGCUCACUAACAUCAGUAUGCCAGAGAUGAGGGGCAAAGACGGACGCUUCCAAUACACCAUCACUGAUGUGAAGAUCACAGAGCUGAAUCUGACUCACGCCGAACUGCAAUUCAUCCCCAACAUUGGUUUGUUGUUUGAUGUUCAGAACUCAUCGAUCUCCCUGAGUUUCCACCGACGGAUCCUUUACUGGUUCUUUUACGACACAGGAAACAUCAAUGCGUCAGCUGAAGGAGUGAACAUCAACACGGCUCUGAAUCUGAUCAGAGACGACGAGGGACGACUGAAGAUCAAUAACAUCACCUGUGAUGCCAAAAUCACCAAAAUGAGAGCAGAGUUCAGCGGAACACUCGGGAGAGUUUACGACUUCCUGGCCAGCUUUCUGACAUCAGGCAUGCGCUUCCUCCUCAACCAAAGGAUCUGUCCGGCUCUGAAUCACGCCGCUCUGGUUCAUGUGAACUCGCUGCUGGAGACGAUUCCCGUAAGGUCGGAGGUUGAUAGUUAUAUUGGGAUCGAUUAUUCUCUGAUCAAUGAUCCAGUGGUGACAUCCAGGAGCCUCGACAUGCACUUCAGGGGGAUGUUUUUCGACCUGUCCAAUCAGAACGACACGUUGGUGAACUACGCCGUGGACCCCGUCAUCAGAGAGUACGACAGGAUGGUUUACCUCGCUCUGUCCGAGUUCUUCUUCGACAGUGGAAUGUUCUCCUACUACAAAGCAGGAGUCUUCCAGAUGCACAUCGUCAACGAGAAGAUGCCGAAAGAUUUGGAGAUGUUGUUGAGAACCACCUACUUUGGAGCCAUCAUGAUGAUAAACCCGGCUCUGGUGGAAGCUCCAAUCUCGCUUCAGCUUGCUGUCAACUCACCUCCAAAAACUACCAUCAAGACAUCUGGAGCGACAGUUGUCAUGACAGCCAUUGUCAAGGUGAUGUUGCUGCCUCCAGGUCGGCCUCCGGUCCAGCUCAGCAGCAUGACCAUGGAAACAAAGUUUAACGCCAAAGUUUCUAUGAAAGGAAAACGUCUGGCUGUUCACGCUGACCUCCGCAGGUUUAAAAUCUUCUCCAACCAAUCAGCUCUGGAGUCUCUGGCAUUGAUUCCUCUGCAGGCUCCUCUAAAGACCAUGUUGCAGAUGUCUGUGGUUCCUUUAAUCAACAACUGGACCAAGAGAGGAGUUCGGAUCCCUCUGGCAGAUGGGAUGGACUUCAUUGAGGAGGUGGUUGAAUAUCAUAAUGGAUUUAUCGUGAUUGGAGCAAAUCUUCACUUCACCAAAGGACUGAGAGAAAUGAUCGCAGGGAGCAACGAGACAGAACCAGAAACCAACACCAUCUAAAACACUAGCACGCACCCACGCACACACACACACACACACACACACGCAUAUAUAAUAUGUUUAUAAUAACUAUUAUAACUUUAUUUGUAUAGCACCUUUCAAACAAAUGUAUAUUUACCACACUGUGUGGUUAUAUACACACAAUGUAAAUAUAAACAACACUGUGUAAAUAUGUAUUGACAUAUACAAUACAUACACUGAAUUGUAAGCAAAGAUGUGUUUGUAUACAAGACAGACAUAUGUAUAUACAUACCUACACAUACAUUAUAGACAGUAUAUAUAACACUGCUUAUAUAUACACACUAGGCUAAUGGCUGAAGUUUUUAGGCAAAAACAAUAGUUUUUAUUUCUUUGUGAACUUAAUCCAAAGUGCAGUAAAGAGAAAAAAAAAAUCUAACUUACAACACACUGGACGCCACAGGUGUUCUGCAUCAUGUUAAUCAGCUACCUGCAGAGCAAACAGAGAUACAGGUUAUCAAACCAGCAGAUCAAACCUCCAGAGGCCUGCACUAAGAAACAGGUUCAACAUAUCCAGGAUAUCUUUUUGUUAUCAAGCUUAACUAAACUGAACAACUGCAAUCAUGAGCAGUGACAUGAUGGUGGCUAUCAGCUCGGUAAGUCAACCUAGGUUUUCUUGAGCCAUGGAAAUGUAGGGUUAAACCUGAAGUUACCUCGCUAAUCACAAAUCCUGCUUCAGAGUACAGGCUUCAGGGGUCAUCACAAUAUAACAGUACACACACACACAUACAUAUAUAUAUAUAUAUACAGUGGGGUCCCACUGAUAUGUAUACAGAAAUAUGCAGAAAUGUAUAAUUUGUGUGUUCAUGAUGGUUGUGAUGUAACCAUGGCAACCACGGGAACUGCUAGACAGGGAAACAUAGUGUAGCAUAGUGUAAACUUGACUGAACCAGUGUCAACCAGAACUACACCAGAGUACACCAGUAUAAACCUGUGACAUAACCCAAACUGUAUGUUCGUGUUCAUUACCUGUUCAUGUGCAAUGUAACUAUGGUGACAUGACAUCAUGUGACACCUGUAUUUGAUCAUUGUGAUUUCUAUGUUCAAACAUUGUGUAACUCUUUUAAUGAAUAAAGUAAAACUAAACU